AUGGUAUAUGUAUGGUUACGUCAUGUUCGAGACGAUCCAUCGGUCCACUAUUAUGGUUUGGACGAUCGCGCUGAACUCGGCGAACCAGCAGAUCAGACAUCCAUGGCGGCCGAAACAGGAGAAGAGGGCACUUUCACUGUCCAUGAUGCCGUGGAAGCGCUUGGAUUUGGACGAUUUCAAGUGAAACUCAGUAUACUUACUGGAAUCGCUUGGUUCCGUUCGCGCUUCCAUUGA